AUGAGGAUAAAUGACAGGCUCCUUUUUUAUAGAAGGAAUACAUUUAUUCUUAAUUUUUUUAAAAAAAUUCAUUCUGAACGUAAACAUGAACACACCAUCCCUUUAUAUGAAAGGAAUAGUAGAUGUAAAUAUAAAAAAGCCAAGUUACUAAAAAGAUUUAAAAUACAAAUAUCACAUUUAAAUAAAAAUAAAAAAGAUGAAGAUAUAGAUCAUUCGUUUUUAAUAAAUACAUCUAUAAAUUCGCAAAUAUGUUAUGACAAAUCAUUAUUAUUACAAAGUAAUAUUAAUAUAGAGAAUCAUACUAAUAAUGUGGUAGACGAUAAAGAGAAAGAUGAACUUAUUUCUGAUGAUAAUAACAAAGAUAUACAUUACACACAAAAAAGUCAGAACUACUUAAAUUGUAAAGAUGAAAAGGUUAUCUCAAAUAAUAAUCUAAGAAAUGAAGAAAUUGAAAAAAAGAAAAAAAUAUAUAUUAUAUCAAUCUUAAAUGACGUGCCUUUAUCUUUCAUAUAUUUUAAGAAAAUAUACUUUUUAUUGUUGAAUAAUGAAAAGGAUAUAUAUGAUUUAUUAAAAUAUAUGAAAAAUAAAAAUUUCUUAAAAUUAUGUAUCUUUAUGAAUAAAAAGAAAUGUCGUAGUUAUGUAAUGGAGAAAGAGUUUUUGACGAGGAUCAAUCAUACGAUCGAAUAUUUAAAGAACGAAUCUAAGGUAAAAGAAAAUCAUAAUAAAACAAACAUAAAUUAUAUUAAUAAUAAUGUUUGUAAUGAUAAUAAUAAUACAAACAACAUAAAUUAUAUUAAUAAUAAUGUUUGUAAUGAUAAUAAUAAUACAAACAACAUAAAUUAUAUUAAUAAUAAUGUUUGUAAUGAUAAUAAUAAUACAAACAACAUAAAUUAUAUUAAUAAUAAUGUUUGUAAUGAUAAUAAUAAUACAAACAACAUAAAUUAUGUUAAUAAUAAUGUUUGUAAUGAUAAUAAUUAUACAAACAACAUAAAUUAUGUUAAUAAUAAUGUUUGUAAUGAUAAUAAUAAUACAAACAACAUAAAUUAUGUUAAUAAUAAUGUUUGUAAUGAUAAUAAUUAUACAAACAACAUAAAUUAUGUUAAUAAUAAUGUGUGUAAUGAUAAUCAUCAUAAUAAUACAAACAACAUAAAUUAUGUUAAUAAUAAUGUGUGUAAUGAUAAUCAUCAUCCUAUUGAUUCUAAUGAAUAUGAUAAAAACAUUAGUUCGAAGGAUCAAAACGCCAAUGUAUUUUUUAAUUAUUACAAUAUUAUAUAUAUACUAGAAUAUAUUCAUUAUAUAGGACUUCAUAAUUUAAGUGCGAAAAAAUACAAAAAUAAUAAAAUAAUCAAAAAUAAUAAAAUAGUCAAAAAUAAUAAAAUAGUCAAAAAUAAUAAUAAUAAUAAUAGAUGGGACUAUACAUACUUACAUAAUAUUUAUAACAACAUCUUAUGUCUUAUUUUAGAAAAAAACAUUUUAGAUGUCAAACAAGUUAUGAACAUUCUACAUAUAAAUGAUAAAUAUUUAUAUUUUAAUAAAUAUUUUUUUGAAUAUGUAGAUAUGUCUUUUUCUUCAACCUUUUUUAGUUAUAAUGAACAUGAAAUAACAUACAUUCUAAAAUAUCUAAGUAAAAUUCUUUUUUCAUUAUCUCUUCAGAAAUUUAAUAUCGACAAUGAUUUAUAUACAAACAGGUUAUUGAAACGUUAUAUUUGUAAAAGUAUUAUAUUCUUGGAUAGUUAUAAAGAAGAAUCAUAUUAUAGUGACAUCUACCACAAUAAUAAUAAUAAUAAUAAUAAUAAUAAUAUAUAUAAUUUAAAUAAUUCAUAUGAUAAGAAUCAAGAAAAAAAUAAAUAUAAUACAAAUCAACAAAGCGUUAAGAACAUUGUAGAGGAUAUAUCUAUCAACAUAGAUGAUUUUAAAAAAAUGAUCAAAGGUAGUACCUUGUUAAAUGUUUUAAACAAUGAGCUACAUAAAUGUUUACAUGAAUAUAAAUAUUAUAAUAUUAUAGAUAUAUUUGAUUUUUAUACUGUUUUUGAGAUACAUAAUAAAAAUAUGAUAAAAAGAUUUAUUAAUGAAAUAAAUAAAUUUGUUAAUAUUAUGAAAUAUGGCUAUCAAGCAAAAAUAUUAAUAUUAUUUGUGUUGAAUAAAAAAUAUUUACAACUAGAAAAUAUGAAAACUAUUAGACGAUUAAUACGAAGGAUACCAUAUAUAUUAAAUUUCCAAUGGCCUAUAGAAUUUAUUAUCGAAACAACGAUUGCAUGUUUUAUAUUCCCUUUAUAUAAAGAUAAAAUAUUUAGGGAUUUAUUUUUAUAUAUGAAAAAUAAUAUUAAAAAAUGUAUUCAUCCAAUCUUCCUAAUAAAUUUAUUGAAAUGGUAUAGUAUAAUAACAAAUUCUUCAUUAUCAUAUGGAUUAUCCAAAAAUAAUAAUAAUAAUAAUAAUAAUAAUAAUAAUCAUUAUAAUGAUGAUGGGAAUAAUUUGUACAUAUCAACUAUCAUUAAUCCAUAUAAUAAUUUAUACAUGUCAUAUACAUCAACAACAUAUAAAAAUAAUAAAAUCAAUUUUAUUAUAUUUCACCAAAUUAUAAAUUAUUUUAAAAAAAAUAUAGAUAAUGUGGACAUAUGUUAUGUUAUACACAUGCUUAAACAUUUAUGUGCUCUUAAUUAUAAAGAUGAAUCAUUUUUGUUUUUUUUCCUACAACAUAAAAAUACCUUCAAUCAAAUUUUUGAAAUAUCGAAUAAACAAGAUUUAGUUACAUUAUUCCAUAUUUUAUAUCAUUACAAACAUUUUUUACAGAACAAAAAUAAUAUGUACAUAAAUAACAAUAUUUAUGUACAAUCAAAUCUCUUCAUCUUUUAUAUCGAAUAUGUUCUCUUUUUAAUUUUAAAAAAAGGUACCAAGACACGUGCCCAGAAUUAUGAUAAUAAUCAUAUGGAAAACAAAAAAAAUUGUAUAAUAAAUAAAAACGUCAUUAACAAAAUUGAACAAUGUCAUCAAAAUAAUAUCAUACAACUAAAUUCAAAUGAAAUAUCUCAACAAAUUAUAUAUGAUAAAUCAUCUCCAAUAUAUUCAAAUGAUAAAUAUGUAAAAACAAUAAAAUCUUCUAACCAAUUUAAUGUUAUGAUUUUGAAAGAUAAUAUUUGUAACCCUGAAGAUGAAACGACCUGCACCAGUCAUGUCAAAAUGUAUGCAAAUGGAAAUAAAGAAGAUGAUGAUAAAGAUGAUGAUAAAGAUGAUUAUAAAGAUGAUUAUAAAGAUGAUGAUAAAGAUGACGAUAAAGAUGAUUAUAAAGAUGAUUAUAAAGAUGACGAUAAAGAUGAUUAUAAAGAUGACGAUAAAGAUGACGAUAAAGAUGAAUAUUAUGAUGAAUAUUAUGAUGAUUAUUGUGAUGAAUAUUAUGAUGAAUAUUAUGAUGAUUAUUAUGAUGAAUAUUAUGAUGAAUAUUAUGAUGAAGAAAAAAACAAAAGAAACAAAUUUAUGAAUAUAUCUCCCCAUUCUUAUAAUAAACCCUUCAAUACCUUUAUGAAUAUUGAUACAUUUAUUUAUUUUUUAAAAGGUUUUAUAAAUUUAAAAAUUAACAAUAUUGAUGCUUUAUAUUUUUCUCUACAAUAUAUUAAUUCUACAAAUAAAAAGUUAUUUCAUUAUAAUCAUAUGGUUAUUCUUUUUCAAUUUUUUUCUGAACAGUUCAUAACAUUUUUCCCAUUAUUAAAAAAAAAAAAAAAAAAAAGAGAAAAAACGAAUUGGCUAGUUCAAAAAUUUUAUUAUGAUAUAUAUGAAAUAACCAAAAAUAAUAUAAGUAAGAUGUGUGAUUUUUAUAUACCCCAUUGUACAUUUUCCGUUUUAAGUAUUUUAUUUAUAGAAACAAUAAUUUUAAAUAAUCAAAGUAAUAUAAUAGAAAUCGAAAUUUUCCAAGUUAUAGAAAAUAUAUUAAUAAUGUUUUGUAAUAAAAUGAGAGGAAGUACAAAAUUGUUAGUAGAACAAGGAGAAGACAAAAAAUGUGAUUCGCAAUUAUUACAUAUGAUAUCAUGUAUAUUACAAAAAUUAUAUAUAAAGAUGAAUAAAAGAUUACCUGAUGAAUUACAUAAAUUCUGUACUCAUGUACAAAAGAAUUAUGAAAUAAGAGAAAAUGUAAAGGAUAUUGAAAAAAGACAUGUACAAGAAUUUAUUUCGUUUUUUUCAAAUAUUUUAAAAAGUAAAAAAAUUAAUCAUAUCAUAAAUUAUCAACUCUAUCCAUAUAACCUGGACAUAGUAAUCAUUCCACAUGAUCAUAAUCAAAAUAUAAAUGGAACAUUACAAAAAACAAAAAUAAAACAUGAUGAAAAAGAAAAACAAUGUAUUAAUACACAUGAUCAAUUGUGUAUUGAAAAUAAUAAUAAAAAAAAAAAAAAAAAAAAAGCCAUUUUUGUUAUUGAUAACAUGGAUAAUAUGUAUUUAAAAAAUGUUCAUAUAACAUCCUUUUUUCAUAAUUAUUUUGUAAAUAAUGAGAAUAUAAAUGAUACACUGAAAGAUACAUUUUUACAAUAUUGUGAUAAAUAUAAUCAACAUAAUGAACACCAUAAAUAUAUUCAACAAGAUAAUCAUGUCCAUAAAGAAAAAAACUAUUUUGUUCAUAAUAAUCAUCCAAAUACUUUUUUAAAAACAUACGAAUAUAUAAGAGAAUGGUAUGUAAUAAAUAAUGAUUACACCAUAUCUUAUAUAUCCAAGGAUAAAUGGAAACAAUAA